AUGAUGAACAAACACUUCAUCAAUGAUCCAACGGACCUUGUAAUGGCUGCCCUCAAGGCCGCAAAAUAUGCGAACCCCUCUGUGGCCCUCGACGAAGUCAACAAGAUUAUCUACCGCAAGUCGUCCUCGCCGGACACCGUCGCUCUCGUCUCCGGCGGCGGUGCGGGACACGAGCCAUCGUUCACAGGCUUUGUCGGCGAGGGGAUCCUGCGUGCCGCGGUCUCAGGCACCAUCUUUGCCUCUCCGUCGGUAAAGCAAAUCUACAACUGCAUAUCGCAGCGGGCCGGGGCGAACACCGGCGUGUUAUUGAUCGUAAUGAACUACACGGGCGACGUCCUGCACUUCGGCCUCGCAACGGAGAAAGCGCGGGCGCUCGGGCUCAACGUGGAGAUGGUGGUUGUGGGCGAGGACGUUGGCGUCGGCCGCGAGAAGAGCGGGAAGGUCGGGCGGCGCGGAAUGGCCGGCACCGUGCUCGUUCAGAAGAUUGUUGGUGCGCUUGCGGCCACCGGCGCGGGAUUGUCGCAGACGGCGGAGCUCGCGAGACUCAUUACUAGGAACCUCGUCACCCUCGGCAGUGCGCUCGACCAUGUGCAUAUCCCCGGAACAACGGGAAUGCAGGAGUGUGUGUUGGAGGAGAAUGAGAUUGAGCUCGGCAUGGGGAUUCAUAAUGAACGCGGGUGCAGGAGGAUGAAGAUCUCGCAGGUUUCCAGGUUGAUCAAUGCUAUGCUGAUGCAAUUGCUCGACAAGAGUGAUAAGGACAGGAAUUAUCUCGACGUUAAAGACCACAAGGAAUGGGUGCUUAUGAUCAACAACCUUGGAGGCGUUUCCCCACUGGAACUAGGCGGUAUCACGGCCAAGGUCGUGGAUAGACUCGCCGCGCAAUACAAAGUCAAGCCUCUGCGUAUAUACACCGGCACGUUCAUGACUUCUCUCAACGGUAGCGGCUUCUCCAUCACUCUCCUCCGUGUCGUCGAUACCGGGCUGGGCCCAGGCAAGGACAUGAUCUCACUCCUGGAUGCGGCCCACGAAACCCUCGGCUGGACUGCCUCCGUCAAACCUUCCACCUGGGCCUCCGUCAAGACCUCCCCCCCUUGCCCUCUGGAAGAAUUCGAGCAAAUCCCCACAUCUUGCCUUAAGAUGGACACUGCCCACUUCUCGCAGAUAGUCUCCCCGGGUCUCCAAAAGCUCAUUGCGGCCGAGCCCCUCCUAACACGCUUCGACACGCUCGUCGGGGACGGCGACUGCGGCAUAGGUCUAAAACGCGGAGCGCAAGCCGUGCAAGCGUUUAUCUCAACCGGACGGGUGAGCAGCGACCCGGUAAGCACGAUCUCGCAACUAGCCAACGUGGUGGAAGAGAACAUGGACGGCACCUCGGGGGCGCUCUUCAGCAUAUACCUCAACGCGCUUGUCAAAGCGCUCCGCGACGACAGUCCGGGCAAGACGCAUGCCGACAUCGGCACGUGGAGCAAGGCGGCCCUCACAGCUAUGCACGAAAUGGGAAGGUAUACGCCGGCGCAGCCGGGUGAUCGCACACUCAUGGAUGCCCUCCAUCCGUUCCUACAGACUCUGCACGAGAAAAAGGAUCUGACGGCGGCGGCAAGGAGUGCGAGAAGGGGUGCGGAGAAUACGAAGGGGAUGAUGCCCAGGCUCGGGAGAACCGUUUAUAUAGACCACAUCGGUGAUAUUCCGGAUCCCGGGGCGGUGGGGAUUGCGGUAUUAGCGGAGGGGCUGGCGGGGAUUUAG